AAAGGCCCACAUAUUUAUUAACAAAACACAGUACACUAGUAACAUAUACAACCCAUAUAUUGGUCUUAAAAUAUUGUGCUCAGGCAAACUCUAGGGUUCCUGUCUCUAUCAAUCAUGGCUUCCGCAUCAAGCAAGACAGUGGCCGAGACGGCUGAAACCGCUCCCAUAACAGAUCCCAUAGAGAAAAUCACUGAAUCUGUUGUCUCUUUGUCUCUGAACAACGAACAAUCAGAUUCUGAUCCAGAGGAGGGUGAUUCUUUCGACCACAAUGAAGAUUCUGACGUAAGCGACGGAGAAGAAGAUAGCAAAAGCGACGGAGACAAUCAAAACGAAGACGACGGAGAUAGCAUUGUGGACGACGGAGACUCAACAGACAGCCAACCGGAAUGGGGAGUGGAUAGCCACGACGAAAGAGAAUAUUGCUCGCCUGAUGAAGACGGUUGGUCAGACGAAGAAGAUGAACGAAAAGCCCGUCUUUAUCGACGGAAUCUCCACUUCAGCCACGGUUUUCUGGUGGAAAAAGGGAUUCGCCCACGUCAAGUAUGGAGUGGCUCAAUCCUGCUUAAAUCUUUGGACAGUGAACGUUCUCCAGUCAAAGGAAGGACUCAGCUCCAAUACGCACAAGACAUGGCCAAACUCUCUCUUCGCAAAUACAAUGCUUUAAACAAAACGAAUGUUAGAGUGGAUCAUGUUGUGAGAGUGACCGAAGCGUUUUUUGGUAGAUGGAUUUCGUACAUCACUUUCAUGGCAAGAGAGUCUGAGGAAGAAGAAGCUACUGAUCUUGUGGAGUAUCAAGCCAAGAUUGUCAAGAUUUUAAGACGCAAGUCUUAUCCCAUCUUCUGCAGGCCAAGUCCCAAGCAAGAUCAGGAUAUGUAGUUAUAAAUGUUAGUUUUCUUUACUCAAGGCUAAUUUGAAUUGAUGGUCAUAUGGUCUUUCGUACUUCUUGCUUUCAGUUUUUUGAAAUGGAUCGUGGUCCAAGCUACUUGAUAAUGAUUUGUGAUGUGCAAUUCAAUACAUCAACCUAAUGUUGCUAUGAA